AUGGGAGGCAUCGUCGGCGCACAUCUUGCGGCUGAGCGAAGUGACCGCAUUGUAGCAGCUAUUCUGAUCGGCCCUGUAUAUCCCAACCCUGAGGCAGGCCCCCGCUUCCACGAACGGAUAGAAACCGUUGCAAAAGACGGUAUGCAGCCCAUGGCAGACAGCAUCCCACAUGCUGCAGUCGGAAAGAACGCGUCUCCACUGGUCAAAGCGAUGAUCCGCGAGUUAUUGCUAUCACAGGAUCCAGCGGGUUAUAUUUCCAACUGUCUAGUCAUUAUCAAUGCAAAGCCGCCUCAGUACAGCAAGAUCAGCGUGCCCGUACUCAUCCUCGCUGGUGAGGAGGACAAGAGCGCACCGCUUGAAGGGUGCAAGAAGAUGUUCGAAGAGAUUGGCAGCAGCGAGAAGAGGUUGGCAGUUAUGGAAGGAGUUGGGCACUGGCACUGUCUUGAGUCUUUUGACGAAGUUGCGGAGUUCAUUGAGGGGUUUUACGACGAGAUGCUAUAG